AGUUCAACCAUGACACCUCUUCAAGGACCGAGUUUAGCCGGCCUUACAGUAGCGGCAUGCCUUUCCGGUGUGCUGCUUCAUCAUUGUGUCUUCAUCAGGAUUGAACUCGAGAAUUACCCUUGCUCCAUUGCAGGUGUUUUCUUGAUUGUCCAUCUUCUACUUUUUGUUCUUCUUUAUUCUUCUCCGGUGUACAUGGAUGCAGAUUUGUACACUGCAUCUUCUCUCACCUCUAGCGUCUGUCUAGGUCUAUAUGCCAGUAUUAUGGUGUAUAGAGCUUUCUAUCAUGCACUCUCCAGGUUUCCUGGUCCAUACUCUGCCAAACUCACCAAGUUUUGGAGCGUUGGCAAGGCCUAUUCAUCGAACUUUCGCUGGCACCAAGUCUGCAAGGAGCUCCAUAAUAAAUAUGGAGACUACGUUAGAGUAGGCCCACGUGAAUUAUCAGUUAUAGAUCCAGAGGCUAUUGUGCCCAUUUUGAACCUAUCACUGAAAGGUCCUUUCUAUGGCUCCUUGGAAAAGUCGAUUCAUACGACCAGAGACGCAGCAUUCCAUAAAGCUCGGCGCAAGGUAUGGGAUAACGCCUUCAAAGAAUCGCUUCCAGAUUAUGGCAUACGCAUAGAGAAAUUCACAAACAGCUUUGUUUCUCGCGUCCGUGACGGUGAAGGCCAACCCAUGGAUAUCAACGAACUCGCAACGUAUUUCAGUUACGACGUCAUGAGCGCUUUGGCCUUUGGCGAAGCCCUGGGAUUUGUUGAUGGUUGUUCUAGCGAGCUUGCCAAAAAGGUCAUAAAUGGUAUCCGAAGUGGAUUGAACGCCAUAGGCAUGAUGGUCCACGUUCCUUACAUCAUGACUGCGGUUGAGGUUUUUUCGAAACUACCCGGCCCAAAUCCGAUGAAAAACUACAACAACUGGUCAAAAGAGAAUGUGGUACGGCGGAAGAAGAUGAAGAACCCUAAACCAGAUAUCAUGGGCCAUCUCAUAAAAAACACCAAACCAGGAGGAGAGGGUGAUGCCCUUCUCGAUGCCGAAUCGCGCCUCAUAAUUGGGGCAGGCAGUGAAACCACCGCAACAGCUAUCAGUCUAGCGUUCACAUACCUCGCUCUAAACCCCUCCUACAUUGACAAGCUUCGAGAAGAGUCAGGAAGCGCAAAUGACUGCUCUGGAAAGUUCUUCCUCUACCCUCUCCCAGUUCUUGACUCCAUCGUAAACGAAGUACUCCGCUUGCAUCCUCCUAUAACGUUUGGAAGCCAGCGGGUCACCUCUUCAAAGGGCCUUAGAAUUGGCCAUACGUGGAUCCCACCAGAAACGGUCGUUGCCAUCCCACCAUGUGUGAUUGGCAGAGAUCCCCGCAACUACGUCUCCCCAAAUGAUUUUAUUCCCGAGCGCUGGACCACGCGGCCCGACCUCCUCCUCAACCGCGGGGCCUUCAUCCCCUUUUCCAUGGGCAGAUACAGCUGUCCGGGUAAGACCCUAGCCAUGAUGGAGUUGCGCUCUGUUAUCUCACGGGUGAUAAGGGAGUUUGACGUCUUCUUCCCAGAGGGUCAGGAGUGGAGCCAGGAGAAACUGACUGCCGAGAUCAAAGACCACUUCACAACGCAAGUGCCAAGAGUGGAUGUCAUAUUUAGGAGGGCGGCAUGAUCUAAACAGGGGUACGAGUACGCUGGGUUGUCGUGAUGUUAUCGUGACAUCAGGGCACGAGGCGUAGCGGUUGGUGUUCUCGCUGAUAGGCUGGGAUGAAGGCGCGUGUUUGGGAUCUGGAACUACGUUUGACAACUAUCUAUGGUGUAACCUGAGUAGCUUGGUGUAGGCUGAUAUUGCUGGGUGCAAUACCACAUCGUUUCGGACAUUCAGUGGUUGCUCCGGUCCCAAACACAGAGCACACUGAUGGCCGGCUUGGGUGUCAGGCAAAUUUUACCACAAAGCCAAGACACUGGUGACACUGUCCAUUCUGAAACACUCUUACUCUAUAAAAACCGGAUUGGAAGGUUAGGGACAAUGAAAUGGCUCUAAAUAUUAGUAAACUAUAUGUUACUCUUCGAUGCGUCUUUUAGAAGGGUCCGGGGC